UGUGCAGGUCAGACGUGGGUCCUCCAACAUGGCGGCAGCGUCGUACGACCAGCUGCUGAGGCAGGUGGAGGUUUUGAAGAUGGAGAACUCCAAUCUGCGACAGGAGCUGCAAGACAACUCCAACCACCUGACCAAACUGGAGACCGAGGCCUCGAACAUGAAGGAAGUGCUGAAGCAGCUGCAGGGCACCAUAGAAGAAGAGUCUGGAGAGGCGUCAGGCUGUCAGCUGGAGCUCAUCGAAAGACUGAAAGAGAUGAGCCUGGACUCUGCAGGUUUUAAGCCCAGGUUGAGGUCUCCCCUGCCCCCCUCGUCCUCCUCCAGCUCGGCCUCUUCAGCUUGCGGAGCUCCUGGAGGAGCGGCUGGAUGCUCCGGAGCUCAAGGCCCCCCGACAACCGCUGCCUUCCCCAGGAGAGGGUUGCCAUCUGCGGGCAGAGACAGCCACGACCGGUGCCUGGAGGAGCUGCAGAAGGAGAGAUCUCUCCUAUUGGCUGAGCUGGAGAAGGAGGAGAAGGAGAAGGACUGGUACUACGCUCAGCUGCAGAAUCUCACCAAGAGGAUCGACAGUCUGCCGCUCACUGAAAAC